AUGGGAUCCAACUCAAAUUUAAAAUCAAAUAAUCAUGACUCAAUAAAUUUCAUGUCAAACACAUCAUCAAUGCCAUCAUCAUCUUUCAAUAAUAAUAAUAAUUACAACAUGUCAAAAUCUCAUAAUGACUCUUCUUCGCACUUUCAACAAUCUCAUUAUCAAAAUCACAAUAAUACUCAACAUGACCAUUAUAACGAAGUUGAAGAAUUUGUGACGAUCGAAAAAAAUAUUGUCACAUCACAAAAUGUUGAAGAACUUUUCGAUAAGGUUUUAAAAUUAGUAUCUCAACCAAGAAAAUUAUCAAUGUCUUCUUUAUCACCAUCAUUAUCAUCCUCCAUGGCCAACAGUCCCUUCUUCUCAUCCACAUCCACAUCUUUAUCAUCCACAUCUGCGUUAUCUUCUAUGAAAGGAAAAAAAUCAUUACCAUCGUCACCUUCUUUAUCAUUAACACCAGCAGAAAUUGGCAAUCCUUUGGCUAUGGAAAGACAAUCAUUGGAUCGUCCAUUAGUCAAAACUACUGCUAAAAAAAUCAAUUCAUUACAAUAUAACAAUAAUAACAACAAUGAAAUUAUUAUUAACAGGAAAAAAGAAUUUCAAUAUUGUGGUCUUUUUGCUCAAUCAAAUAUAUUAUUAGGAAAUUUCAUUGCAGAGUAUAAAGGUAAAAUUUGUUUAAAAUCUGACUACACGGAUGAUCCUGCGAAUGAGUACAAAGAUAUUGGCACCACAAAGCCAUAUGUUUUAUUUUAUCCAACAUUAAAUUUAUGUAUGGAUGCUCGUCACUAUGGAACUCAUUCAAGGUUUGUUAGACGUUCAUGUAAUCCUAAUGCUGAAACACGAACAAUGUAUAUUAAUGAUGGUAUUGUCAAAGAUCGUCAAUUACAUUUGGGUAUAUUUGCUAAAUGUCAUAUAAUGCAGGAUCAAGAAAUAACAGUUGGGUGGGAUUGGGAUAAUAAUCAUUAUACAGAGUGUGCGUGUGAGAACAAAAAUAAAUGUGUGAUUGAGAAAAUGAAAAAGUAUGCAAAGAAACAAAAUGACGAUUUGACAAGAAACAAAGGUUACGUUUAUCCACAACAAAGUAAUCUUUCGUAUUAUAAGAAUGCAGGAAAUAAUUAUGAUGACAUAGGUGAAGACGAAGACGAGGAAAUGGAAGAAAUUUACACUUCAACUCCCAAUCCAAUAGGAAAAAACAAUGAUCACAACAAUUAUAACGCAUCGACAUCAUCAAUAAAAAAUCCACAAUUUUAUGAAAUUGAUGGAAAUUUUCAAGAAUUUUUUGAUUUAUAUGAUAAUGGCAAUGAUGGCGAUGAUGAAUAUACGAGAUUAGGAAAUGAUAGAAAUAAAUUUAAUAAUAAGUUAGAGAUGAGAGGAAAUGUCACAAAUGAAAUGAUGCAACCGAAACAAAACAAUAAUCAUUUAUCUACUACUAUUGCAACAUCUACUGCUGCAGUCAAAAAUUCAAGUAAAUCGGAUUUUAUAUCGUCACCAAAAAAACGUAAACUAAGUUCAGCAUCAAGUGAUAUUUCAAAAGUCAGAGAUUCAAAUUUAAAUUUUGCCUCAUCUUCUACAUCUUCUAAUAUUUCUACUAUUAAAAAUAAAUAUCUCAAAGAAGAUACAGAAAUUAUAAGAGAUUAUAAUCAACAUCAACCAAAUAUAAGUAAAACAACAUCCUCGUCAAUAACAUCAAAUAAUAUCCCAACAACAACUUCAACUUCUACAAACGAUAAUAAUGUUGAUGGUAAUGAUAAUUUCCAAAAUACACAAACAGAUUCUUUUAAAUAUUCACAAAUAAAUUUACCAAGAUCAACAACAUUAUCAUCGUCAUCAAACAUUAAUCCAAUUACAAAUAUAUCAACCACAUUACCAUCACCAUUACCGUCAUCUAAGAUACCGACAUUAACUUCGCCAACUACAACAACUUCUCACUAUGACACAAAUAAAACUUCCAAUCCGACAACGAAAGCUUCAUCACCAACAAUAUCGACACCAUUACCAUAUCAAUUGGAAACAUCAAAAACAACUAGUAACACCUCACCAUUCAAUAUUUAUCCCAAUAAUAAUAAAUCUUCGACAACAACAACAAAUACAGACUUUCCUAAAAACACACAACAAUCAGAUUCUACAAAGCCACCACCAUCAGUAACUUCUUCUUCUUCACCUACCACCACUAAGCCUCAGGCAAAUGAUUCAUUGUCCAAGAGAAAAAUUUCAUUUUCAGAAUAUAAACAAAUGAAAGGUUUGAACGGUUCUCCAUUGAUUUCGAAAACUGACGAGCCAAAAAAACAUUUAUCAGAACCUCAAUCAAACAAUCUUACACCAGAUAGUCAAAAAACCACACUGAUAAAUGAUGGUUAUUUCCCAGUAGAUUUCAAUUUCAAUUUUCCAAAUAUUUAUAAAUCAAGAAAUUACUCAUAUGAUUAUCAUACAUCAAAAGAUGUUGAUUCAAUAAAUCAAAAUGAAUAUGUAUCUCCUCCUUCACGUGGAUUACCACCAUCGCGUAACUUUCAAAGUGGAGGUGGAAGUAACAGUAGUGGUGGCAAUCAUUAUAGAGGGCCAAGAUCAUCAUCAGGUGGACCUUUUAGAGGAGGUUAUUUCAAUUCACCAAGUUCAUCACCAACCACAUCAAGGCAUCCAAAUCAAACAAAUACACCACCACCGCCACCUUCUUCUUCCUCCUCAAUACUGAUGUCACCAUCGUCAUCCUCACCUUAUGAUCCAGAAAAUCCAGAUGGAUUAUCAUCACCAAUUAAUAAUAAUGAUGAUGAUAGAGAUCAAAUACGAGGAUGGGGAAUGCAUGAUCGUAGAGAAUGGAGAGAUCGUGAUAGAGAACGCGAAGAAAGAAAAGAAUGGGGCAAAAGAAAUGAAGAUUAUCGAUUUCAAAGGUUUCCCGGUGAU